CAAGUCCCUUCCUUUCCACUUCCAUUUCCUCUAUCAACUUAGAACCAAUCGGAUCACCAUUUUCUUCAAUCAACUAUGGCGCCGAGAGACGGGGUUAAGGCGGCGGUGGCAGCCGGCUGCAAGGACAAAGAGGUGCAUUUUAGAGGAGUGAGGAAGAGGCCAUGGGGAAAAUACGCGGCGGAGAUUAGAGAUCCGGCGAAGAAGAUCCGUGUGUGGCUAGGCACAUUUGAAACAGAGGAAGAGGCGGCGAUGGCUUACGAUGCCGCCGCCCGCAAAUUCCGCGGCGCCAAGGCUAAGACUAACUUUCCUUUUCCCUUUCCCGUUCCCGUUAUCGUCAACAGAAGUAGCACCGUUGAAUCCCCCAACCCAGACCCCACUCUUGACCUCAAUCACGAACCUGACGCUAUCGCCGCCGGAUCCACGCCGCCCUUCCCCUUCGGAAUUUUCCCGCCGCCCAAUCACCUUUUCCUCUUCGAUCAUCCCAUUUUCCGCCACGGAAUGGUUGAGAUUCUUCAUAAUCAUCAAUCCGCCGCGAGUUUCGAUCGCCGCCACCAAAAAACAGUCCCCAACGGCGGAGUUCAAAGUGACUCAGAUUCAUCCUCCGUUAGUAAUCUGAAUCAAAAUGACCACAAAUCAAGACCCACUCUAGAUCUAGAUCUCAAUUUCCCUCCACCGGAGUCCGCGUAGGCUUCAAUUUUUCGACAUCGAUGGAUUAUGGCAACAUUUUUGAAGCUCCAUGUCAAUUAAUACACGUGUACUAGCUAUCAGGACUAUCUAACUCCUUUUUGUU